UCAAUUGUCCAGAUAAGAACGGCCAAGCUGCUACUUUGGUCGUCAAAAGCAUGCACUGUUUAAUGUACGAGUAUGAGACUGAUCUCGCAACUGAGGGCUUUUGUACUGGGACUCCCAAUUUCAACAUUUCUUCCUCAAAAGAAAGCCAGAUGUAAAACAUAGAGCUAGAGAACAAUGCAGGGAUUUCAAUAUUUAUUGCUUCACCUAUGCCUCAGUUUGGUUUGGCUCUGUGAGGGAAAAUCAAUAACUCAAGUCACUCAGCAAGAAGACAAGAAGUUUGCUCAGAGUCUGGAGGAUGACCUAGAGGAGCAAGACAACUUGGAAAGCUUUUUUGAACCUAUGAAAGAAGACUUUCUAAAGAUGCUGAACUUGUCAGGGGUUCCAAUGGAACGGAGGAAGGUUCAGCCUCCUCCAUUUAUGAUGGAGCUAUACAACAAAUAUGCUUCGGAUAUGUCCUCGGUUCCACGUUCUGAUGUCAUUCGUAGCUUUGUCAUACAGGAGGUGACCCAGUCAGUUAUCACUGAGAAUAAAUCUUCACACAGGCUACUAUUCAAUGUUUCAAUCCCUAACUAUGAAGAAGUCACUGUGGUCCAGCUUCGACUCUUCAUGCUGUGGCACAGAGAUCAAUCAGCCCGUGAUGACAGUUUUACUUCCAUUAACGUUUAUAAUGUAGUACACAUGAAAAACCAAGAAAUAUUGCACCUUCUGGACAGCAAGGACAUCAGCGACACAGAACACACAUGGGAGGCUUUUGAUGUAACAAGUGCCCUCCAGAGUUGGCUUCAGUCAAAGCAUGGAGCAGGUGAAUUGGAGGUUGAAGUGCAAAGUCAGGGCUGUGGGUCAUUCCAAGAGGGAGGCUACAAGAUCAGCCUGAAUUUGGAGGAAAACACCUCACCUGUUUUAAUCGUCUUUUCAAAUGACCUUGAGAACAGGAAGAGAAAAGCCAAAACUGAGGUACAAGAGAUGAUGACUCAUGAAGAAGAGAAGUUUUUAUUGAGCAUAGAUCCCUUAGAAGAUUAUAACAGUGAUGACAGCCUGAAUCAGCAUCGUAGAAGAAAGAGAAAUGCACGUAAGAACUACUGUCGGAGAACCUCACUUAAAGUGAAUUUCAAGGAUAUUGGAUGGGACAAGUGGAUUGUCGCGCCCCCUGAGUAUGACGCCUAUGAAUGUAAAGGUGUGUGCAAUUUUCCUCUUACAGAUGAUGUAACACCUUCCAAACAUGCCAUCAUUCAAACUCUAGUGAAUCUGAGCAACCCAAAAAAAGCCAACAAAGCAUGUUGUGUUCCUACAAAGCUGGACCCCUUAACUGUCAUGUACCAAGAGAACGGCAUUAUCACUGUAAGACACCUUUAUGAGGAGAUGAAAGUGGCAAAAUGCGGCUGUAGGUAGUGAGAAAAAGCUCACUGCAUAAUCAUGCUGUUCAUGUAUUAGUCUUCAUAACAUCAAACUAGUACAUUACCUGUAUGCUUGUAAAAAUGUUUCAAAAAUUAUAAUAAUUAUAUUAUAUUAUAAUAAUAAUUAUAAUAAUGUAUAUUAUAUUAUAAUAUAUAAUAAUAAUAAUUAUUAAUUUAUAAAUACUUCAUUAAUUAAUAGUGUUAUAUUUAUAUAUUUAACACUGGCCUCAAAUGCCAUUCCAUAGGUUUUUUAGUGUAUUUUUGUAAUGAAAUUAAAAAUACAAUUACAUUUCAGUAUGGCAUAUGGCAUAAACUCUUUGAAUACUUGUUUCUAAAACAAAGAAUGCUAUAAAUGAUUAGUGUAUAUUUAAAUUCAUAAAUUUAUAUUUAAAACAUGAAUACAAACUUUAAGAAACAUAAGAAUAUAAAAUACUGUUUAUAGAUUACCUUAUUUUACAUAAGAGUAUGAAAUGAUAUGGUCACUUUAUGUGGUAGGAAAAGUGUUGGUGUGUAUUUAUUUUAUUUUCGCCUGCUAAAAGAGUUUGUGUCUAGAAUGUGUGCUCCUUAUGAAAGUAUUUAGGCCUUACACUUAACACUUUUGCUCCCCGGAUUAUAUGUAGCUAGUGCCCUCUGCUGAAUACUUUGGGUUUUUCCACCCAAACUAAGAGGUGCUGUGUGUACUGUCCUGAACUAACGCUGCCUCUGAGAUGCAGGUAUUUGUCUCAUAUAUGAUUGUGAUGUGUUUUCAAAUAUGUAUUAAUAAUAA